AUGAUGCUUUCACCAGACAUUCAUGUGUUGUCUGGAGAUCGAACAGAUCAAUUACUCCUUCGAUUAACUGAUUGGAGAAGCGGUAUUUGCCCUGACGGAAGACUUGCUCAACAGCCAUGCUUUGUUCUAAAUCAGAAACCAAGCGUCUACAUUCACCCUGAUCAACCACUGCCAGCACAGCAAAUGCUGACCACAGAGCUCAUCACAGAAUGGCCCUGGGCAGAGCAUCUUGUGGAUUGCGGCGCCAUAACACACCUUAAUGAUGAUGCCAUGAUGAAGGUCAUGUCUGAAUACUUUAAAAUAUUUCAUGCUGCCAGCGAUAUGCCCAACAAUCAAAAUACCUUGCACUCACUGCAACUCAGAAAACAUGCGUCGAUCAAAGUAGACAAUAUUGAGCGGCCCACAAGAGCACUCUCACUAAAGCUGCAGCAAGUGCUGGCAGAGCCCGAUACAGCUAUACAAUGGAUCCAGCUCGUGGAUUUGUGGGACACUUUUGGCUACUUUUGGCCUCGAAAACUAGUGUUGGGAUAUAAAAGACACCACAAGCAGACCUACAAGUUUGCAAAUCCUGCUGAUAGUAUGCAUGCCUUCUACAAACACCUCGGAUUGAUACGAGACAAGUACUCCACAAUGCCAAAAAUGACAGACUUUGAUGCCGAUCAAUUUCUGAUAGACAGCACUGUCAUUUCAAGGUUGGAACUCACACCUUUGCAUGAAUUUCUGGAUAUGGAAUCACAGCAAGCUAUCAGCCAAAUCAUCCAUGCCAAAUUUGUCCAAAUUCCCGCUUACCAUCCCAUCAAAAUAUACAACGUUACCACACAUAGCUACCUAUGUUGGGGUCCUGGUGCUGCCAACCAGCCUGACCCCAUCUUUCCAGGAGAAAGGUUGGAUUAUUUAGUUCGUGCUAUUAGUGCUGAUCCUACGGAGCUCAACAAGUCACCCGAAACGCAGUAUUUAUGGCGUUUGACAUGGUCACCAACCGCAGUUCAUGGCUCGAGCGCAAUGGAUCCAGUGGAACAUCGAUCUCAGACAAUCAAAGGCUCAGACCGAGUGUAUAUCUAUCCUGCAUGCAAAUCUCGAUCUCCAGUAAAAUCAAAAAGCAGUGCCACGCAUGACGACAAGGCACAUGCGUGGCAAGUCAAUGAUCGCAUGUCGCAAGAACCUGAUUUUGUCGAAACCCAUAAAAUGGUACUGACAUGUCGACCGUACCGACAUGAUGCCAGGUUGUCAGACAGAGAUUUCUCAAAGCUCAGAGGCUUGCGAUUACUGGCAAGUGGUUCAUCACAGUAUGCCUGUGAAAAGAUUGAUUGGACCAUUCAGUAUCCAGGCAAUGGGCUCAAAUACAUGACUGAUGUGCAUGCCAACAUCAAGCUCAACUUUCACGAGCAUGUUCGACGCAUUAAACCUGUAUUAGAGGGCGAUACCAUUCAGUUGCAACAGAUUGGACUCUUGACAGCAUUCGAUCAUAUGGCGAAAUCAACACACAACAUGCACCAAGAGUCAGAAUCACCACCACAAGAUGCGCCACCACAAAGUCUGAGAACGACCAAAAAGAUUGUAACGCGCAAACCAAGCACCAGAUCAAAGUCCAAGAAAAAUGUGCUGUGCGUAGAUGAAGACAUUACAAACAAUCGCUUUCAGGAAAACACACAUUGGAAGAUACAACUGGCUAAUUCCUUUGAUAAAAAGCGACAUUCUAGCAAUUUCUACAGAUGGCCAGCAAAGAACAAUGAUCAGCAGUACGGCUAUCCCAUUGAUUAUCAUCCCAUGCUUUCACAAGAUGUCAAAAAUCAUCUAGCUUCACAUUUGAAUAGGGAAACGGGGUCACUUAUAAGCACAACAACGACUGCUUCUUCAUUGAGACGAACAAAGUCUCUGGGUUCCUUGCAUGACAAACCAUCCAUGAUUCACACUGGCCCUAAUUCGGACAAAGCGCCUUAUUUCGAGAAUCUCUUGACAACCAAGCAGACAUCCAAUUUGCUCUCACAGUUUGUCAAAAAAGUAUCCUUGCAACCCUUGGCUCAACUAGUCAAGCCAUUGCGUCCCAAGCCAUCACUAUCCAACAAUCAUCUCAGUCCUCCUCCCUUUACAUCUCAUCACAGUUUUGAUUGA